AUGCACACGUGUACUGUAGCUGGUUGUGGGAAGCAAUUCAGUAGUCGUCGCAGUCGUAACCGUCACAGUUCCAACAAAAAUCCCAAAUUGCACAUGCCCGAAUCAUUGACCCUAGGUGGAGUUGGGCUUUCUACAAAGCCAAGUUUAGAGGCGUUCUGGCCUGCUGCUCGAUUCUUGUUAACAAAGGAACAUCCACUGGAUUUAUCAUUGAAUGUUGUUUGA